AUGGCUCAGGGCAUCAACUAUGAACUCCUCUGCCGGGAGAUCAUCGCCCUAGAACCUCACGAGAAAAAACACUGGAAGGACUGGGCGGGGAAAGAAUAUGCCAUACUGCCUCAUACCGAUGCCGCUGGGAACACAUACUACAUUGGCGAUCUCUACGAAGGCGUCAAAUGCAAAUCAGAGUGGGAAAUCAAAGAAGUCUUUCGCAAGAAUUGCCCCAUCUGGCUUAUCUCGGCUCCUGGAUGGAAGUGGAAAUAUCUGAAGUGUUUCCCAGGAAAGGAGCCAGGCCAUAGAGAAGAGCGAGCAAAGCGAUCUCGUGUUUGCGUCGUUGACUACACGGACAACCAGCCCAAGAAAUCACAGGACUUCAUCAAUGACGUACCCGGGCUGGGGCACUUCCUGUGCCAUCAACCGCAAACCUCCGCCACUGCCCAAAUUAGACUCAUCGUUGCCGAGGAUCUCUCCCGUGAUCUUGUGGAGUUGCUGGGUUCCUUCUACGAUAUUGAUCCUCAGUUUUUCCGGUCACACAUCGACGACUAUUUGUUCCACAGUCCCCGUGACCCGUGGGUAGAUCUUCCCAGCCUGGAUGUCGAUGCCCGUCAACGCAACUAUUUCACUUUGCAGUAUCUGCGAGCUCGAUACUUCGAGACCGAGGCAGAUUUCGAAGUGGCCGAGUACGACAGUGGCAUUUUCAAUGUGUUGCGCCGUAUCGAUAGCGAUAGGAGCCGGAGACGUUUGAAAGACGGUCUGCUGGACAAGCUUGGUGACAGCAUCACCUUGACGCGAUCCAAAACUUCGCUGUGGUGGAAACCACGCAAGGAUCCGUCUGAACUCGUCACUGCCAUCUUGCUUGUCGAUCCUACAGUCUCCAGAGGUACGCCUAUAUGGGGUGGUUAUCGUCCAUUCCAACAGACUCCCUCCAUGAAGACAUGGCUGCAAAAUGAAACCCAGCCUUUCGAUGCACCUCCACAAGGAACGUUGUACGAAGACGUCGUGUAUUGGAGUCAGCGCAUGGCUGCCCACGAGCUCGAUCUGGUGCGCAAAGACGAGCGCAACAUCGCCCUCGGAAUGUAUCGCUUGAUCAUCGUUGACUGGCUGCGGGCCUUGAAAUAUGUCACGGUCACUCUCACUAAGAUCGAGUGGGAAUUCGAGAGGCCUUACUGGGCUGACAACAUCAGUAACAUCGAUAACAUCAUCAAGAAGCUAUCUCCAUGGCGUCGUAACAUUGGCUACUACCAGGCUAUGAUCAGCGACGCCAUAGCGCGCCUAUUUCCUCCGGAGAUUCAUGCACCUAUCGGGGGGAUGCAACCCAGCGGCGCCAUCAUUGAGAUGGAUAACCUACCUCCUCAGCCUAUUGCGGAAGAGGACAACCGCGGCAUCCGAGCUCUUUGGACGGAUUUCAGGAAUUUGAAGCAGCUAAUGACUGAAAGCCAAGCUCGCAUCCGCACGAUCGAGAACAUCGCCGUGAACGGUGUCAACACCGAGGACGCCAAGCGAGCAGUGCAGCAAAAGAAUGGGCACUUGACCCGACUCACUGGCCUAGCGACCAUCUUUAUCCCGCUCAACUUCACCUCCAGCCUCCUCAGCAUCUCCCCAGACUUUUCCGCGGCCACGAUGAGCUUCUGGCUCUUCUUUGCCAUUGGCAUUCCUUUGACGCUGACUGCGCUCUUGAUCGUCGAUGUGUCGCACCCGAACAGGAGGGGAUUCUUGGUAAAGACAUGGAGACAGUUGGGGACCACAUUUGCAAGGACGAAACCUGACGAGCCGCUCCUCCCAAUGAGCAACGACACACCACCACCGCGACCGAAACCAACAGCGAGAGAGCGGACCAUCGAAUGGGUUCAUUGGUUUGAAAAGCUGAAUGAUAAACGCCAUUGA